GAAAAAGUGGAGGGUGAAAACAAGAAGAUUGUUGCUUCAUCCUCAAAAGUCACAAAAAGGUACAUUAUUUAUAUUAAGUAAAUGUUCAAAAAUAAUAAUGAACAUUUUCAUAUACCUAAAUGUACAUUUGUGUUAUGUAAUAUGACCAGGAAUGAUGAUAAGAAAAAGUCAAUUGCAGAAAAGAAGAAAAAAACUGAAAAGGAAAAGGUUGAAAGACCAAAACGCGAAAAGAAAACAAUUCCUCCUGCUUUCCGAUCUCCUUACUUGGUCAAGUACAAGGAUCUGUUUAAAGAUGAGAAAGCCAUGAACCAAAUUGCAGUAGACUUUGCUCUUGGUGGAAAAGAUGAAAGUGCACUCUUAUACUAUGAUGGCUUGAAUCUCAUCAAUAGAAAUGAAAUGAAAACUCUUGGAGAUGAUGUUGAAGUGACAAAUUGUGUCAUAGAUGGAUGGGCAAGGUUUCUUAAUCAUAAAAAGCCGAGAAACAAGAUUUAUUUCUCAACAGUGCUUCAUCACAUUAUGUGCACAAAUAGAGUUUGUCAAGAAGGAUCAUCAAUGAAGACAAGAAUUAAUGCCUUCAUAGAAAGAAUUGACAAUGAACUGAAGUUGAAUAAAAUUGACAGCAUUGUUGGAUAUAAACAGGUCUUCUUCCCAGUAUCAACUUCUCAACAUUUUUUCUGUUGUGCGUCAAUCAUAUAG